AUGUGGAAUGCUAUUGAUAAUGUGACUACAGACACUAAACGAGCAGAACGAGAAGACUUUAGCAAACGAUGUAGUCGUCGUAAUAAGUUAUGUAUGGUAAAAGAAAUAAAUUCAGCAUCAUCAUCAUGUAGAAUGACUACAACAGCUGACUAUGCACCUGUGGAUGUUGAAGUAUUAAUUGAUAUAGCUACACCUUAUGUAUCUUAUAAUUGGUCAAGUGCAGCAAUUGGUGGAAAAGAUCCUGCAGAAUAUGGGCGACCGGUAUUAAAGGCAUUGUUUUCAGAAUAUGAUCUUGCUACAAAAUUAAUGCCAUCGCCCAUGGACGUAAAAGAUCCAAUCAUGAAUUAUUAG